AUGCUGGAAAACAUUCAGAGGGCAACCGUUUUAUUUUGAAUAGAGAUUUAUAAAGUUUGAUAAUAACAUUUUAACAUUAAAAUACAAGAUUAUAGAUAUAACAAAUAUUAAUUUUUCAUAUGAUAUAUUAACAUAAAUAAUUUUAAGUAAAACUAGGACACACAGUCAAAUGCCAGUUGGUUGCCCAAACGCACUUAGGUAUAUACACAUUUUGGAGUAGCAUGACAAUUUAUUAUAAAUGGCAAAGUUGUUGAAUAUUUCGUUUAAGAAGAACGACCUUUACUCUUCGUGGGGUUUUCAAGUAUGUGGCGGAAGGGACAGUUGGCGACCACUGACUGUAAGAAAUGUACAAAAUGGUACUUUAGCAUACAACUAUUUAAAUGUCGGUGAUCGUGUUUUGGAGAUCGAUGGCAUAGACUGUUAUUCAUUAACCGAGUCUCAGGCAAUCAGUUUCCUCCGCAGACCAAGUAAAUCGAUUGAACUUUUAAUACUAAAACGACGGGGUGAAAAUGUCGUACCACCCAAAAGGUCAUCGAGUUGUAAGGCUUUACAACAUUUUGUCUUUCCAAAACCACAAAGCAUAUCAAAACUUAGUUCCCCUCCUAGCCACCAAAUUGUUAAUAAUAAUAUUGAAAUUUCGGAAAAUUCAAAAAAUCAAUUACGCAAACUUGAAGAUUCGGAAGAAUCCCCAAAACACUGUUUUGAUGAAUCCAACACAGAAUUUGUCUCAGCACCAAUAAAGAAUGACUAUGAGGUAUUACAGUUUUCUAACUUCAAACCUCGAAGGAAUUCGUUACAAAAAGACGGUGAACCCGUGUGCCUCAAAAGUAGAUCGAGUUCACCACAAUUCUGGAAAAUAAAUACAGAAACUUCGGCCACUGGAUUCCCAAGUGAUUGUAAAAGUUUUUGGAGAAAAUUAGAAAAAUGUUCAAUGGAAGACUUGAGCGCCCGUCACACUCCAAGUCCAGUAAGACCAGCAAGUGUGGCCUUCUAUCCUAAAACACCUGAACCUAUUAUUCAGCCAAAAGUUGAAAUAGUUUCACCAAAGAAAAAGGUGACUUUCAGUAAUGUAUUAUUGGAGAGAAAUUAUUUACAAAUGGAUUUACCAGAUUUAUCUCCUGGAUCAAGAGUCGACGAAGAAUUCAAUAAAAUAUACAACAGUUCUAGUCAGGAAGAGCAGCAUCAAAUAGGAGCGAACGACUUAGCUGAUAGAGAUAUGUCUGCACCACCCCCGCCAGCACCGCCACCACUGCAAUAUUCUGGAGGUACAACUCAAGGUGGUCCACCACCACCUCCCCCACCACCAAUGUUGCACAGUGGACACAUUCCAGCUAUUAGAAUAAAAACUGAGCUGAGUGAGCCUAGAGAGAUACCAUCAACUAUACAAAACGCAAUGGCUACCAAAGACAAAAAACCAUUUACGUAUCUUCCGGGUGGAUUAGACUUGAGCGAGAUCAGAAGUCCUCGAAUGCAAAGGCGCUUAGAAAGAAAUGCACAGACUCCACCUAGCCCAGAACAAGUACCUCAGAAAUCUCCAGACUAUCAGCAGCAACAAGAGGUGAAACCAAACUUUGAACACAAACCAGUGUGUAACGUGCGCUCUGCCUCAGAACGAGUAUGUCUAUUGCCCCAAGUUCAGAAUCAACCACAAUUGAAUAAGUCGCCCACACCUUGGAUGCAAAAGGCUGCACAAAUUCAACCCUCACCAGCUCCGUGGACUCAAAACAGAAAAGAAUAUAUUAAUCAGUCUGAUAAAUCAGAAGAACGUGUUGUACCUGUACGAGUUGAAAUUAAUAAACAAAUUCCAACACAACCGUUGAAGAAUAAUAUAAACCAAUCGUAUGAUUCUGAACCGAUACAAGGACGUUCAUUUAAAGUACUCCAACAAAUUACCGAGCCAAAAGGAAUGCUUUAUGAUGGUUCUCAGCCUUAUAACAGCCAGUCAUUACCCUUGUCUGAACUCAGAAAGUUGCAGUUAAGUGAUGACGAUCGAUCUUUCAUGAGUAGGGUUAAAUCUCAAGUUGAUGAUGAUAAAUUUUUACACAACGAAACGGACCCUCGUUACAAAGGUGCGUCGAUUCCAUCUAGAAGCUUUCGAAUGUUGCAAACAUUAACGAACUCUGCACCGGUUCCGAUGGACAACAACUACAAACAAUCGGUACCGAUAAACAAUUACGUAUCAGUAGAACCUAUAGAAUCCAAAAUGUAUGUACCACCGUCAGAGAGACCUGUUGGUUCAGAACCGCAUAAGUAUACGGGUGGUUCUAUACCAUCCAGAUCAUUCAGAAUGUUACAAGCUAUGACUGGCCAAAAUAAUGAAGAAGAAGAGCAACAAAAUGACUUACAAAAUCUGCAAUCGCAUACCCCUUACCCUUUUCUUUGUCCCGAAUUUUGGGAACAUUACAAUUAUCUAAAGAAAUUUCACGAUUGGCAUUGUACCGGUUCUACGUUUGCGAACGAUCAGCAGCAGCAGCAGCAACAACUACAACAACAACAACAACAACAACAGUUCACACUACAACAAUCGGUGCAGACCGGCGUCACAUCGGUGGCAGAUAGCACCGUUUAUGCGGGACAUGUAUUGAAUACUAUAACCGAAGAAGAAGCUACCGAAGACGAAAUCGUGUGCUCACCGUGCUGCGUGCAGGAUAGUAACGAUAGCGACUCCGGUCAAUGUGAAGUGACGGUGACAGUAACGUUGCCACCAAAGAGAGCUACCACCAAGAUAAAAGUGAGCGAAGAACUGCAGGAAGAUGCAUCAGCCAGUUCACCGGUGGACUUUUGGCAGCAAAUCAACAACGACUGUGCUGGUGGGUCGGCCGACAGUACUUUUACGUCGGAUAGCGACGACGGAUGUUUGGAUGAUGAAAAACCGUCCAGCGCCGUUUGUCUGCCAGAAAACCUACUGAAGAAGGCGUUGGACGCCGAUUGUCUGCCAGACGACGAGGCAGUCGGUGACUGUCGCCAACCAUCGGAUCGUGACGAUGACGCUGACUCAGGUAUUAUUACGACGACUUCGUCAGCUGACAUGGCAAACCGACCAACUUCCGACAAAGAUACGAUUGGUGCUGGCGGCAGAACCGAAAACGUCAGAUCGAAGAAAUAUCAAAGAACGUGUACGCACUCACGUCUCUUCGACUUCUUGCAACAUAAUGAUGAUGAUGACAACGAUGACAACGACAACGAUGACGAUGAUGAUGGUGCGGACUUCAGCAACGGCACGGACGUGAGAAACAAACCACCGCCACCGCUGUCGUUAUCGUGCACUUCUGGUUAUUCAUCCGUAGCCACCACACCAUCCACUCCAUCUUUGAUCGGAAGAAGUCGUACUUACGAAUCGGACUCGUCCCGGACGGAAUAUGACAGUUACUAUAAGAGCUGGGAGUACGCUUGCCCGUAUUUCGGAUACGACAUACUGCCGUCGAAGGCGUUCAAGACUAUCGCGACUCGGUUGCAGGGUAGCGAUGGUUCUGUGGCAGACUACAAAUCCCCGACGACUACCACCACCAAGUUCAAGUGUCCCAAAAUUCCUACUGAAAAGGACGAAUCUUAAAUACGUCUUUUCUCUAUCCCUACACCCCCGCACUUUUCAUUUCUAUCGUUUGGGUUUUUUUUACAAUUUUAUAAGGUAAUUUAGGUGAAUCUGACUUCUGAUUUGGAACUACGGUAUAACUACAACCAAACUGCUUUUACGUUAAAUGAUUUAUAUUUGUACCUAUUGUACGGUUUACGCAUUUUUGCUAUAUUCAUAUAAUAUUAUGUAUAAAUAAUUUUAACUAUUUAGUAUUGUAGGUAAAUUGAAGUUAUUAUAUUAACACAUAAUUCUAGCUUAAUCUAUAUAUAUGUCUAUAUUAUAAUAAUAUAAAUUGUAAUAAAAACGGAUAAGUUUUAAACCAUGAAUAAAAAUUGUCUUCAGUUGUA